AGGAAGACCAUAUCCCCAUGUUCCGUAAGUCCAAAUUCACCAUCUCUUUCAUCUUCUUAUUAACCACCUUGCUACAAUCUCACUCGAAAGUUGAAGACACGAAAUACUCAGUUUGUAGCAGGCCAUACAACUGUGGAGAAGUGUCCAACAUAUCCUACCCUUUCUGGGGACAGAACAGACCCCAUUACUGUGGCAGCACCGAGCAGUUAAAGCUAAACUGUGAGGCAAACCAAGACACUUCAUUUCAAUUUGACACACAAAAUUUCAGAGUAUUGAGGAUUGACACUUUAUCUAAAACCAUGAGACUUGUUCGAACAGACCUUGUCUAUGAUGAUUGUUCCUCUGACUUGACCAACACCUCGUUGAGUUCCAAAAUCUUUGAAUUUCCCGAAGAUGUACACAACAUCACCAUAUUCUACGGUUGUCCCACUGGGUUUUCGUUAGGUGGUAACAACUUUACGUGCAAAGAUGACACAAAGUAUAGGAUUGCUGGCGCACAAUUUGGUUUCUAUGUGAAAAUGACAGAGAGUCUGUUGCAGCAAUAUCCAGAGCUUGAGACAUGCGCGACACGUAUACAUGUGCUGGUUUACAGGGAAAUUCCUCUGGAUUCUGACGGUGGUAUAGAUUCUCUGAGAAAAGCUGCUGCUAAUGGUUUUGACGUGUUCUAUAAUAUUGCAGAUGAUGGAGAAUGCACAAGUUGCAUGGAAAGUAAAGGAGCUUGUGGAACGAAUGAUACUGCUAAGGAUCAAUUUUCUUGUCAUUGCCCUGAUGGGUCUGAUGCUUUGCAAUGCUAUGGUCACAAUACUAAUCCCAGCACAUUAUCACCAUCACCAUUGCCAACACCGGCACCGGCACUGUUACCGCCUAGUCCUUCGUCAAACUUCCCAGACCCAUCUCCACAUGCUACUAGUCAUAAAUGGAAUAGAAAGAGGAAACUCAUUAUUAUAGGUGUUACAGGUGCAGCAAUUGGAGGAUUGUUGAUAUGUAUUGCAAUUUUCUAUUUGAGAUAUAAAUCAUCAACAUGGCUAGGAGAUUUUGGGUUGACUGCAAAGAGUAACCAACAUAUUGAAGCAUUCUUAAAAAAUCAUGGAGGUCAAACUCUAAAAAGAUACAAAUUAUCAGAUAUCAAGAAAAUGACCAAUGGCUUCGAAGUUAAACUAGGACAAGGUGGUUUUGGUGCUGUCUAUAAAGGAAAACUGCUCAAUGGUUGCCCUGUAGCUGUAAAGAUAUUGAAUGCAUCCAAAAGAAAUGGUGAAGAAUUUAUCAAUGAGGUUGCUAGCAUCAGUAAAACUUCUCAUGUUAACGUUGUCACACUUCUUGGGUUCUGUUUGGAAGGCCCAAAGAAAGCUCUAAUCUAUGAAUUUAUGUCCAAUGGUUCCCUUGAUAAGUUCAUUUACAGAAAAGGACCUGAAACUGCUCCACCCUUGAGUUGGGAUAUUUUGUAUCAAAUAGCAAUGGGCAUAGCUCGAGGGUUAGAGUACUUACAUAAGGGAUGCAACACUAGAAUUUUACAUUUUGACAUAAAACCACAUAAUAUUCUUUUGGAUGAGAAUUUUUGUCCCAAGAUAUCAGAUUUUGGGCUAGCAAAACUGUGUCCCAGGAAAGAGAGCAUUAUUUCCAUGUCAGAUGCUAGAGGAACAAUGGGGUAUGUUGCUCCAGAAGUGCUGAAUAGACAUUUUGCUGGAGUUUCACACAAGUCUGAUGUUUAUAGCUAUGGAAUGAUGCUGCUCGAAAUGGUGGGAGGUAGGAAGAACAUUAAUGCAGAAGCCAGUCACACAAGUGAGAUAUACUUCCCACAUUGGGUAUACAAGAGACUAGAGUUUGGCAUUGAGUUGAAACUAGAUGAGGUGAUGACAACAGAAGAAAAUGAGAUAGCAAAGAGAUUGACCGUAGUGGGUUUAUGGUGCAUUCAAACGUUUCCAAAUGAUAGACCUACAAUUAGUAGAGUGAUAGAUAUGUUGGAUGGCAGCAUGAAUUCUUUGGAAAUGCCACCGAAACCUUUGCUUUCUUCUCCUACUAGAUCAGUAGUGGAAUCUUCCACUUCUUGAAAUUAUUUUCAUUGUGUUUUGUGUAAACCUUCCUAGUUAUACUAUGAAAAGGAUCACACAACAUACUUGUUUUGUACUUUUUAAUC